AUGAUGCAAGAAAUCGGUGAAGAAUUUGAUCAACAAGAACCUUAUACUCGCCGUCUAAGCAGUAUCCUUGACAAAGGUUCUCAAAUUCUUCGUGAAAUUCAUCAAAAUUCUGAUGAUACGAAGAGCACUGAACAAAUCUUCAUGUUGGAUCAAUCAAGCGAAAAACGUGAUCAAUUUAAUAAAAUUGGAGUGAUGGUUAUUGGUUUUAAUUCGAUUUAUCAUAUUACUGAUUCCCCUUCUUUUUUUACUGGUGAUAAACUCGUCAUUCUUGAUCCACAUAGAUGGUAUUUUAAUGGUAAUUUCCAAUUCAACUUUGUCCAAAAGAAUUUAGCCGAAAAAUUUCCUGAUUCAUUUGCUCCUUUUAGAAUUCCUCCUUUUAGUAUCCCAUGUGAUGAACCAUUUCAAGGAACAUUAUUUCGUUAUCCUCUCCGUAAUGAUACGAUUUCUGAUAUUUCCAAAAAAACUUUUAAGCCUAAAGACAUCUUGGAAAUCUUUCAUGCCUUAGAACCUGAAUUAUUAUAUUCUAUUCAGUUGGAAAAUGCAAACUCAGUGCGAGAACAAUGUCGUUUAUUAGCAGAAAACAUCGUUCCGAUGAUGGAUUUAUUAAAAUCGAAGAAUCUAUUGGUAGUAAUAGUCAAUUAG